CAAAUUAUUUGCAAUUAAGAUGUUUUAUCCUCUAAUCAUAUCUAAUAGUAUUAAUUUUCUUCCCUAAGCAAGUUAAAUCUUUUUUAAUUUGCAGAAAAAUGGAUCUAAAAUCAGAAGUCAACGAUGGGUCAAAGAAGUACCCUUUGACUUUCAAAAGGGCACUAAGGGGUUUGACAUGUUUAAUAGUUUAUAUUUUAACUUCUUUCAUACUUUUAGUUUAUUUAGGACCUUUUGCUGCAGUGUUUCUUAGGCUUUUUAGCAUACAUUAUAGUAGAAAAACAGCAACCUUCUUGUUUGGUCUUUGGUUAGCUUUAUGGCCGUUUUUGUUUGAAAAGAUUAACAAAACAAAGGUGGUUUUUUCGGGUGAAACGGUUCCAAAUAAGGAACGCGUUCUACUUAUCGCUAAUCACAAAACAGAAGUUGACUGGAUGUAUCUUUGGGACCUUGCGCUACGAAAAGGGUGCAUAGGGUGCAUUAAAUAUGUUCUUAAAAGUAGUUUGUUGAAGUUGCCUGUUUUCGGUUGGGGGUUUCAUCUUUUGGAGUUCAUUUCGGUUGAAAGAAAGUGGGAAGUCGAUGAAGUUGUGAUGCGAAAGAUGUUGUUGACUUUUACUGAUCCGUGUGAUCCGUUGUGGCUUGCUAUUUUCCCCGAAGGAACUGAUUUCUCGGAAGAAAAGUGUGUGAAAAGCCAAAAAUUUGCUGCUGAAAAUGGGCUGCCUGUUCUGAAGAAUGUGUUGCUACCGAAAACAAGAGGUUUUCAUGCUUGUUUGGAAAUCUUAAGGGCCUCGCUAGAUGCAGUGUAUGAUGUGACGAUAGCAUACAAGAACCGGUGUCCCACUUUCUUGGACAAUGUUUUUGGUAUAGAACCUUCUGAAGUUCAUGUUCAUGUUCGACGAAUCCUUCUAGAAGACAUCCCGUCUUCUGAACCCGAGUGUGAAGAAUGGCUAUUAACCACGUUCCAGUUUAAGGAUCGAUUGCUUUCGGAUUUCAUCGCAAAUGGGCAUUUUGAAAAUGAAGGAACCGAAGGAGAGCUGUCGACAAUCAAAUGCUCGUUAAAUUGCACGCUCGUGUUAGCCAUCACUUGUUUAUUAACAUAUCUUAAUUUGUUCUCGUCUAUUUGGUUCAAUAUAUACGUCGGCUUAGCCAGUGUGUACCUAGCUUUAGCUACAACUUUUAACUUCCAUCCGUUACCAGUUCUAGAAUAUGUGAAAAUGUUGUCAGCUCAGAAGAAGUCAAGUUAGGAAAUCCUGAACCCUAAACCCUAAACUAGUCUUGGAAGAAAAACUUCUUACAUGUUGAAUCUUCAUCAUAGAUUUAGAAGGCUCUAUAUUCUCAAUGUUUUUAGUUGUUUUAGUGAUUGUUUAUAUAACGUCGUGUCGUGUUGCAAGUUUAAUAUCAAUUU